UCUUCGCGAUCGGCUGCUCUCCGUCUAAGCUUCGCGUCAGGGGGAAUUUCCAGUGGGGAAGGAAAUCAACUUUAUGAACCUUUGACACAAACCUGGUACCACCUGUCCGAGCUCCGGUUCUGGAGUAGAACUCUGUUUAUCCCAAAUACGGAUUAUUUGUGAAGUGACGACGCGCGCGAGCCGCGUCAUGGCGCGCUGCAGUUAAAGAAGCUGUAAAUGGAUCCGGUGGCUGCGCUGGGGCGAACUGAUGCGCUCAGCGCCGAAGCGGAGCCGUAGUUCAACCGAGUGUCCGACUGUUGACGAGCGAACCGGGCGCCAUGGCUGGAGACGACCACUACAUUCAGCCCAACCAGAUGUUUGAUAAUUUGAUGAUGGAGUCUUCGUGGGAUUUCACUCACUUCCCUGCGAUGUCUCAGAGCCCGUCUGUGAGGACAGUAGACGGGCCGUACCUGCAGAUUCUGGAGCAGCCCAAACAGCGGGGCUUCAGGUUCAGGUACGGCUGUGAAGGCCCGUCCCAUGGCGGUUUACCCGGAGCCUCUAGUGAGAAGAACAGGAAAACCUACCCCACCGUCAAGAUCUGUAACUACCAGGGCCCGGCCCGUGUGGUGGUCCAGCUGGUGACGGCGCAGAGCGGCCUCCCUCAGCUCCACGCUCACAGUCUGGUGGGAAAACAGUGCGACAAAGGGAUCUGCAUCGUUGACCUACAGCCCAAAGACUCCAACAUUAGUUUUCCAAACCUUGGAAUCCUGCAUGUGACGAAGAAGAACGUGACAAAGACUCUGGAGGAAAGGAUGGUGGAGGCUUUCAGGAUGGGCUACAACUGUGGGGUGUCCAUCCACCCUGAGGUGGACUCCCUGCUGGGGGAGGUCCGAGUCCCACGGGAGCUCAGCGACCACCUGCGUGGUGUGAUGAGCCGAGCAGCAUCCAUCCAGGCUAAAGAAAUGGACCUCAGCGUGGUCCGCCUCAUGUUCACGGCCUUCCUCCCCGACAGUGACGGAGGUUUUUCCAGAAGACUGGAACCUGUCGUGUCUGAACCGAUCUACGACAGCAAGGCUCCAAACGCCUCCAACCUGAAGAUUGUGAGGAUGGAUCGAACUGCCGGCUGUGUCACCGGAGGAGAGGAGGUUUAUCUGCUGUGUGAUAAAGUCCAGAAAGAUGACAUCCAGGUUCGGUUCUACGAGGAGGAUGACUCUGGGUUGACCUGGGAGGCUCUGGGAGAUUUCUCCCCCACAGACGUCCACAGACAGUUCGCCAUCGUCUUCAAGACGCCGAAGUACAGAGACCAGAACCUGCAGAAGCCAACGUCAGUGUUCGUCCAACUGAAGAGGAAAUCUGACAAUGAGACCAGCGAGCCCAAGCCCUUUACCUACCACCCUCAGAUCAUAGACAAGGAGGAAGUGCAGAGGAAGAGACAAAAGACGCUUCCAAACUUCCAGGACUUCAGUGGUCAGGGACGAGGAGGAGGAGGCCUGUACCGAGGAGGAGGUCCGGCUGCAGGAGGCGGCCCUGGAUCUGCAGGUGGAGGUUACUCUCAGGGUUUUGUCGCCUACAACUAUGGAGGCGGAGGUUUUCCCAGCGGAUACUCUGCUGGUCUGGGAGCAGGAGGAGGCUUCAAACACACCUCUCAGGGCAAUGCGACAGCUGACGGCGUUAAUCCAGGCAAUGACUCUGGGUCGGGGGCUGUGCAGGCUUCAGCCCAAGCAGUAGGGCUGGAGGUGGAGGAGACAGCGGAGGACAGGCGCCUAAGCGUGCAGCCACAACCAGACGGAGGGUGCGAUGCAGAGCAGCAGUUGGUUCAGUUGACCAGUCGGCAGCUGGAGGCUCUGUUUCAGUACUCGGCGACCGGAGACUCCGCGUACCUGCUGGCUCCUCAGCACUUCCUGCUGAUCGCACAGGAUGAGGACGGAGACACCGGCCUCCAUCUGGCCGUGCUCCACAACCAGCCGCAGGCGCUGAGGAGUCUGUCUCGGGUCGUCUCUGUUCUGGCUGGAGAGGAAGUCCUCAACAUGAGGAACCAGCUAUACCAAACUCCUCUGCACCUGGCAGUGAUCACACAGCAGAAGGAGGCGAUGGAGGCACUACUCUUGGCUGGGGCGGACCCCACCCUAACAGAUCGCCAUGGCAACACGGUGCUCCACUUGGCUUCACAACAGGAUGGAGGAGUGAUGGUUCAGUCUUUACUGCAGCACGGAGAGAUGAGGGCUCUGCUGGACCACACCAACGCAGCAGGUAUGCGCGCAAUCCACCUGGCAGUUUUGGCCAAUCAGCUGUCCUCUCUCAGGCAGCUGCUGGAGGCCGGGGCCAACGUGGAGGCUCAGGAGCGCAGCUGUGGACGGACCGCACUGCACCUGGCCACCGAGGCCGACAACGUGUCGCUGGCCGGCUGCCUUCUGCUGGAGGGUAACGCCAGCGUGGACUGCUGCACCUUCAACGGCUCCACCCCCCUCCACAUUGCAGCAGGGAGAGGCUCGCUCAAGCUAACGGCUCUGCUGAUGGCUGCUGGUGCGAACCCACACAAGGAAAACUUUGAGCCCCUGUUCUUCAGAGACGAUGAAGAACAAAGAGAGGAUGAGGACGAAGAGGAUGAAGGCUACAUCCCAGGGACAAGUCCGCUCAACAUGGCUACGAAUGAUCAGGUGGUGGAGCUGCUCAAUGGUAAAGAAUAUGAAGCAAAGUCUUCUCUCAAACCUCACAGGCCUCCACAAGGCGACCUGGCCAGUCUGGAUGUGGAUGUGAAGCAGGAGCUGUACCGCACUCUGGAGACUGAAGGAUGCUGGGAGAGUGUGGCUCACGGCCUGGGUCUGGGGAUCCUCACCACAGCUUUCAGACUGAGCCCCUCACCCUCCAAAACACUGCUGGAUAGCUAUGAGGUUUCAGGUGGCACCAUCCAGGACCUGCUGGAAGGUCUGAGGUCCGUUGGAGACUGUGCGGCGCUGAGGGUCCUGGAGGAGGCGCUGAGCCGCCGCGACCCCUUGGCAGGCGAGUCCUUGUGUGCUCAGGUGCAGGAUCUGAAGGUGGACGUUCGGCUCGAGAGCGGGGUGUGUGACAGCGGCGUGGAGCUGUCCACAGCGUAACGCUUGGACCUGGAGCCUCCUCAUCCUCCCUCUGGGCUCGUCCUUCAGCGGGAAAACUAUUCUUCAUGACUCUUUUCAGGGCGAACAUUCUUUAAUGUAAACGAGUUCAUUUCUGUAAUUCAUCCACAAAAUGUUUUUAACCCAACAAACUUCAGUUUCACUGAGGUCAGCUGUGAGGACUACACUCCAGCAAAUGUAAACCUGCUUCUGGUCCUCGCGUGGAAACGACCCAGUCUCUGAAUAACAGCUGCCUUCACUCCCUCAUCUUGUUGUGGCCGGAAUCCUUCCCACGCUCAGGACCAGAAGUGCCAGGAAGAAGGAUCCAUCAGGACAGAGUCGAGGCUCAUCAGAAAACUGUUGGGACAGACCCACGGUCACAAGACGUUAAUGGUUGUAUCAAAGACAGAUCAGAACCGACAAACCAUUGAGCCCAGUUCCUCUCUCCACUGGCUGGUGACUAGACCACACGGAUCAGAAGUCAGAUCAAGCCCCGCGACCAUACACACGUGGGUGUUGGUUCUUGCAGACCCACUGGGGACAGGCCUUGGUUCUCUGCUGGACAACAGUGGAUUCCUGUCACUGACGUUUCUCUAGGGACGAUAAAAUAAAACCUGACAGCGACAUGGUGAUUGUUUCUGCGCUUGUCAAAUGUCCCAACACACACACACACACACACACACACAAAGCUCAGGGUCGACACUCCAAGGGACAAACAUCUGGAAAGUUUGACAGCGUUGGUUUGAAAAGCUUUAGUGGCGGUGUCUGAAGGUUCUCAUUCAUCCCAGAGGUUGUACUGAAAUGCUGCAGGUAAACGCUGACAGGUUCUGGUGAGGUCAGUGAAACAUUGAUCUGCUUGUUAAACUCUUUUUUUUUCUGGUCUGAGCAGGUGAAACGGUGCCUUUUACCAUGGUUUUUAAUUUUUAACUGUUAAUUUGUUGUCUUGUACUGAACUUCUUUUCUCCUAAACUGCUUCAGUCUAAUUGUUCUGUCAUUUAAGCAAAUCGAUACUUGUGGGAAAUAAAGUCCAGAGGUGUGAGUUACUGUAUGGAGCAUAUUUAUAUCGUCACCCUGCACUGUACAGUUCAACAUGAGCGUCAUUGUUUUUUUGUUUUUUUUUUAAAUAAAAAUGUUUUGUAAAAACAGUG